CCGGCGGGAGGGGGGCGGCCGGCGCCAUGUGGCAGAGCAUCGGUCUGACCUUGCUGGUGAUCGUGGCCACCUUGGCCUGCGUGCUGCUCUUCAUGCUGUGCGGCUGGUAUGUGGUCUGGCAAUUGUUUUUGUCUAAAUUCAAAUUCCUGAGAGAAUUGAUAGGUGAUACGGGGUCCCAACAGGGAGACAACGAGCCUUCAGAGACUGAAGCUGAACAGGAGACUCCACCGUCACCUCAGAGAGGUAGACAGAAAUCUGCUCGACAGCGAAGGGCACCUACAGAAGACACAACUUAAAGUACUUCGUUGAACUUCUGACUAACUAUAAAUGGUUAAGCACCUCUGCACUGUGUUGUUCAGUGGUUUGAUCUUACUGAAAAACUGACUUAAGAGGUAAUAUUAAUACCUGUGGACCUUUAUUUCUGAACUACCAAUGUAUACUACUUUGGUAGAGGUUCAGGGAGGGCUUCAGCAGCAAGUCAUAGAAUACUGGAAGAAAGGAGGGGUGGAGAGAAAUCUCCCUCAGAAAAAUGCUGACCUGCUGUAGCUCCUAUCUCUGCACACAGAUUAAAAACAGGUCCUGGACCAUAGGCUUAGCCUUUGUAUUAGUCUGAACUAGUAAACAUUUCAGACUUGAAAUGGUUUCUAAAUUAUUUUUUCUUUACAGCACUGUAACUACAUAUAGUGAAAUUGAGUUUUAUUUCCUUAGCUAUAUAUGAAUAUAUAUUUUUUCUUCAACCUUGAGAAUGCAUGUGAACUUGAAAAACGGUUGAAAGAAUAUCCUGCUUUAGAAAGUAUUCUAAAGUGAGAUUUUAGUGAUGCUCUUAUAUGUAGAAAGUAUAAAUGAAAUAUGAAAAACCGGUAUUAGAUGCAUAUGAUUUGGAGGUUUUUAUUAUCUCCUUUAAAAAAAAAAGAAUCGGGUGGUAAGACCUGUUUUCUUGGUUUUGAUGUAAAAGGGUUACAGGUUAAACAGUCCUGCUAGGUUUCUGUAUGUUUCUCCUGAACCUUUUACUCUUAAGUCCAACUUGUGUUGGAGAGGGGAAGGUGCCUAGGUUAUGUACUCAAUGUUUAGUAUUCUGAAGUGUCAUCCUUGGGUUUUGGAUACUAAGCACUUCUCUAGUUCACUUUGUACCCCUUUACGUCAGGUAUAUGGUACCUGACAUAACUUCUUUCCUGGAACCAGUUAAGGCAUUCUGACCAAUUUGGUAGACAUCACUGUAACACUUUGAUAGUGUUAUAGAAAUGAAUUUGGUACCUCAUGUUUGGUGGAGGACUUACUAAUUUUUACUGGUAAUAAGCAGUUGCUUCUGUUUUUUUGAGAAUGAGUUAUACAGCUAUUUUGACAUUGCACUUCAGAAUGAAGAGCUCCACUUCUGUUUAUCUAGCAACUUUGAAGACUGAUGCAUGAGAUCUUUGGAAAGAGGAGGAACAUGCGUGUACCACCUCUGAUGUGUGUAUGAGAGAACUACCAACAGGUCUUGUCAAGAGCAGCUUCAGUUUUCUCUCAAAGCUUGGAUAUGUGGUGGCAUUUGGAUCACUGUUCCCUGUAUAAAAACUGUUAAACAGGACUACAAAAUUGGUCUUUUACUUUCAGUUGUUAAGAAGUUUAAACUUAUGCCUUCCAAACUUGUAGCUUCGUUCAAUUAUAUGGCUAAAAGCAGCAACAUUUAGCUUUUUCAUCAAGCAGGCCUACAUCUGGGAAAAGAGCACUCUUUUAGUGCCUUUGUUUUAAUUUGUCAUCUGUGAAUACUGUUCAAAAGCUAAUGAGGGCAUUCACUUCAUAAAAUUAUUUGGAUGUUUCAGUAUUAAAAUAUAUAAGAUCAGCCCUCACCUUCCUUUAGAGUCUAAAAUUCUUUGUUCUGUUUACCAGCAUGUAUGUAUAAGCAUGCUUUGUAUUACAGGGUUACAUUUUCAAGCAUGAUUAGGCAGUGCUAUGCACAUAUCCUUUAAACACAUGUAGAAAUAUUGAUAGUCUCCUUCCUCUAGCUUGUCUGCUGGCAAGGGAAUGCCUGAUGGUUUUUUUUUAAUUAGUAAAAUUCCCAUUUACUCAAACCGAGCAAAAGCAAUCAGAUUCUAUUCCCUGUUGCUUUCAGUUGUUUGCCUUGCACAACUUAAUGUCACAACAUUCUUGUCUGUAUGUCUUUUCACAUGAUGAGGCUUUCAGUUUAGCAGUGCUUACCAAGUACUGGUACAUUUUUCUUAAGAAAUAUCUUUAGCAUCUUUGUCUUGAGCUUUGCUAAUAUAGGCUUACAAAUAUUUUUUUUGUACUGAUGUAGGAUAUUGACACUCCACUGCACUUCACUUUUACCUAGACUUUAGUGCACAGAAGAUGGCAAAAGGCUGAUGCGCUUGUAGUAUCCCUGGCUGAGAUAAGUAACAGUUAACUCGAUCUCUGCUUCUAGUAGCUGUGAAGAAAUGUGAAGUACAGCAAUAUACAUAGCUAGUCAGGGUGGCUCUAAAGGUACAGGAAUCAAGACUCUGGAGCAAAUUAAUGAAGGAAAAAAUACAUGUGGGUUUGAAUGGCGAUACUGAUCAAAUACGCAAUAAGAUGGCUGUGGAACCUCUGGGUAGCUCAUCUGCCAAACAAUUUCUCUUCCCUUCCUUGCUGUAUGUAGAUGUACAUUUCACUCCCCAAAGUUAUUUUCAGUGUCUUUUUUUUUUAAACAGCUGAUGCUAUUUUUUGAUGUUGCUGUGACAUAGCUGCCAAUAAUGCUGUCUGCCUAGUGCAUAGCUUUAAUGAUCUUAUUAGUAGCAGGCCAAAGGUUUAUAUUAUGUGGUUUGGAAGAAUUUUGUAAUGCUGGUGUCUUCUGUUAAUGCAUAAUGUUUCCUGAAGGAGUCAGUAGUAAAAUCUUUGUACAGGGUGCUUCAUGCAAACCUGUAAAAUCGAAGCUGUGUGUGUGAAAGCGUACUUGUGAUAAGACCUGGGUUGUGAUUGCUGGCAGUCCAAUAUACUCAUGUCUCUGAAUUUUUUUUACCAAUGUACUUCUGAAAUGUUACUGGUGGAUAAGCACUUGACUUUGAAUUGACCCAUUCAAGUCUGAAACCUUAUGAAGGCAACAGGUUACACAGUUGGUCUCAUUUUGUUUAGUAGGAUCUAUUUUUAAAACUGUUUAUUGCCUUAUUGUUGCAGCCAUUCUCUUGAAUGUAUUUUGGGUUCUUACUUUAAAUAUAGUCAUAUCACCUUUGUUGCAGGGGCUGUGUAACUUUGAAUAAGCAGUAAUUACCUGUGUUGUAUGUGACAGUUAAUUGAAAACAGUUACUGCAAUGAAGGCUGGAAGAAACACAGUGUAGACCGGUGGAAAAAAAAUACAAAAGCUAUUGCUAAAAUUCAAGGAUUGUUAACAAUUUUGUUUGUGCUGAACUUAAUUCAGACCUGUUAGGGAGCCACUAAGGUUAUUAUCGUGGUGAUUCAAUGUUUGCCCAUGAGGCUAAUUCUAUGCAGUUCACCCACUAAGCACUGCUGCUGUAGCUAUUUGCAGUAAAUGCCAUAUACUGUGCUGCAAUUUGUGAGCAACUUGCUGCUUAAUACCAGGUUUUACACUGAACUAGACCUGUGUAUGUACUUCUGUUUUGUUUGGAAAUGAUCAGCAUAAAGAAUGUGUUCAACAUGGUCAUUUGCUUCUUCAGUGUUACAAUACUGUACCUAAAGCUUCUGUGGUUGUCCGUUUUCAUCAUUAACUGUUAUUUUAACUGACUGCACAGAUGAAAAAUAAAGUAACCAGACUUGAUAUGAA